CUUUAAAUUGAUGUCACUAUUGGAAAGUGUGUACUGCAUGCAAACACACUUCUCUGUGAUUGGUCAGGGCGUUGACAUCAUCACCCUCUGUAGCUCCUCCCCCAGUCUCCCCUGCAUCAGGACCAUCACUCGCAUCCUUAGAGCAUCAGCACGCCACAGAGCAUUCUCUGCGUCCAGAAGACUCCCACUCCAUCCUGAUACAGCAGGCUUUGCAGCUUUGAGAUUACAGUAAUGGAGAGCUUGCUGGAUAACCCAAUGAAAGCCGUGCUUUACCUAAAAGAACUGACCACCAUUGUGCAAAACCAGCAAAGUCUGAUUCAAACCCAGCGGCAGCGCAUCGACGAGCUGGAGAGGAAGGUUGAGGAUCUGAUCGGCGAGAACCGUCAGCUGAGAGAUCCGCAUCAGUAUCACCACCAUCAUCCGCACCACCACCACCACCCAUCCCCGCGGACCAGCAGCCCUCAGCCGGCCGCUCACCCGCACCAGCAUCCGGCGACUCACGGUCAGAGCCAGCCGCAGCAGCAUCCGUCCAAACAGCCGCAGCAUCCCCCGGCGGCUCCCAUCCAUCACCCGCAGCAUCUGCAGCUCGUACCUACGUCCCCACCGACUCUCAAAGCGACCCAGUCCAGCCCGGAGUCCGCGGAGGACGAGAAGAGGAGCCCGUCUUGCAAGUCCCUGGUUCCGCAGACUCCUUCGACGUUGUGCCGGUCCGUCGGACUCGCGAGGAAACCGGAGAACCAGACGGUUCUACACCAGUUCUGCUGUCCCGCUCCAGACGCCCCUGAGUCUGACUCUCAGGCCUGUGUACCCAGUGAAGAGCCACCCCCUCCUUCUCCCAUUGCAACUCCAUCACCUGCUGCAUCGCCAUCACCUGGGGUGACUUCCACCAAUGCCACCCAGCCCGAGGUCCAGGUGGCACCUCAGGUUGCAGAGAGCACCGUGAAAUCGGUCGAUUCAGGAGGGGGAGAUGAGGAUCGAGAUGGAGGUGAAGCGCAAGAGAGUGCAGAAGUGGAGAAGGAAGAGGCAAGCGUACAAGAGAUUGAACAGGAGGAAGAAAAACCCCAGGCUCAACCACCACAACCAGUGCAGGAAGAGGUGAAGAAGGAGACAGAGGAGCAGGAAAAGGAAACAGCAAGUACGGGGGGCACAGGAAGGAGGCCAAGCUUGCAUCACACUGCUUCGCCAAUCAGAGUACAGAGGAAUGGAGCGUGCAGCCACUCCACCACCUCCGACUAUGAACUCUCGCUCGACCUCAAAAACAAGCAGAUCGAAAUGUUAGAGCACAAAUAUGGGGGCCACCUCAUCUCACGCCGUGCUGCUUGCAAGAUCCAGACGGCCUUUCGCCAGUAUCAGCUCAGCAAAAACUUUGAGAAGAUCCGAAACUCCCUCCUUGAAAGUCGUUUGCCACGCCGUAUCUCCCUGCGAAAAGUACGAGUGCAAAAUACAGAGGGUAUCUCAGCUGAACGGGCACUGGCUGAAGGCUGUAAUCUGGCAAGUAUCCCCCUUGUUCGGUCCCCGUCCCUGCCCACCACGGUAGGUGGCUCCCUCACUGACCUCGAAGAUUCAUUCAAUGAGCAAGUCCAGUCUCUUGCCAAAUCCAUUGAUGAUGCACUUAGCAACUGGAGCAUGAAGACCAUGUGUUCACUCCAAGAAGGUGGCACCUACCAAUUUAGCUCAGAGGCCUUUAGUACAGCUGGUGGCAAAACUGGGUUGGCAGGAACAGUCCGAGAAGGUGGCCCCAUGGACCCUGCCACAUUUCAUAGCGGAACAGGCCAAGUAGACAAUUCUGAGAACAUAGCCCGAAGUGCCAGCAAGCUGAUGAUGGCCUUCCGGGAUGUGACCGUGCAAAUCGACAGCAAAAACUUUCACGUGUCCUCUUCCGUUAUGGAGUCCUCCACUUCUGUUUCUCUCGGUAAUUGUGUCCAGCAGGGGGCCAUAAUUACUGAGAGCCCACAGCAACCUCCAGUCAUUGAUGCAAAGGAACAACCUCAACAAGUACCGCCACCACCAUCUCCACAGGAUCUAGUUCCUCCACCCCUAGAGCAGGAUGCUGAGGAAAUACCAGAUGGCGAUUUCCCAGCUCCUCCACCAAGUGAGGAGGAGCUUGGGGAGGAUCUUCCACCUCUGGUCUUGGAGAAACAGGAUGUCCCAGAAACAGCAAUUCCAGUAGAGACAGCAAUAACCUCUGAAACCUUGUCUCCACCCGAAGUUGCAGAGACUCCUGUCACCCCAAUCGUAGAAGUUUUGGAAGCUAAGCGAAGUGAGUCAGAUACAGCGGACAACAGCUCAGAGCAGAUGAGUAGCAGCAGUACAUCCACAUCAGCUCGGUCGGCUUCUGAGGUCUCGUCCAAAGAAGCUUUACAGGCCAUGAUUCUUAGCUUGCCCCGAUACCACUGCGAAAACCCAACCAGUUGCAAAUCUCCUACCCUCUCCACUGACGUCAUGCGAAAACGCCUAUAUCGCAUUGGCCUCAACCUCUUCAACAUAAAUCCAGACAAGGGCCUCCAGUUUCUCAUCUCUCGUGGGUUCAUUCCGGAUACGCCUAUAGGUGUGGCACACUUCCUGCUCCAGAGGAAGGGGCUGAGCCGACAGAUGAUCGGAGAGUUUCUUGGCAACAGCAAGAAGCCGUUUAACAGAGAUGUGUUAGACUGUGUGGUGGAUGAGAUGGAUUUCUCGGGGAUGGAGUUGGAUGAGGCUCUGAGGAAGUUUCAGGCUCAUAUCCGUGUGCAAGGCGAAGCGCAGAAAGUGGAGAGACUGAUAGAGGCAUUCAGCCAGCGUUACUGUAUGUGUAACCCAGACGUGGUGCAGCAGUUCCACAAUCCUGACACAAUCUUCAUCCUCGCAUUUGCCAUCAUCCUCCUCAACACGGACAUGUACAGUCCCAACAUCAAACCCGACCGUAAAAUGAUGCUAGAAGACUUCAUCCGCAACCUGAGAGAUGUGUGUUUUUAUUUAGGGGUUGAUGAUGGUGCAGAUAUUCCACGAGAUAUGGUAGUGGGAAUAUAUGAGCGCAUUCAGCUGAGGGAAUUACGAUCGAAUGAAGACCACGUCACUUACGUCACCAAGGUGGAGCAAAGCAUUGUGGGAAUGAAAUCGGUUCUGUCAGUGCCUCACAGGAGACUGGUUUGCUGCAGUCGGCUGUUUGAAGUGACUGACAUCAACAAAGCCCAGAAGCAAGCUGCUCACCAGAGAGAGGUCUUCCUCUUCAACGACCUACUUGUGAUUUUAAAAUUGUGUCCAAAGAAGAAGAGUUCGGCUGCGUACACCUUUUGCAAGGCCAUGGGUCUGCUGGGCAUGCAGUUCCACCUGUUUGAAAACGAAUACUAUCCUCACGCCAUCACUAUUGUGUCUCCGUGUUCGGGCUCUGAUAAGAAGCAGGUGUUGAAUUUCUGUGCUCAGAGCGCAGAGGAGCUGCUCAAGUUCGUAGAGGACCUGAAGGAGUCCAUCGCCGAGGUGUCAGAGAUGGAACAGAUACGCAUUGAAUGGGAGUUGGAAAAACAACAGGGAGCCAAAACCCACUCCAUUAAGAACAACGGGACCCAGCUUGAGUUGAGGGGAAGACAAGGUUCUCCUUCAGGCAAACAGGAAAUGAACACGUCACAGAGCGGACACAAUGCAGUAGAGGUGUCAAUUCACAACAGGCUUCAGACGUACCAGCUCAACGCAGCACCGCCGAGCCCUGAGAGCGCCGCCCUUCUCAACCACCAGAGGGAGCUCUUCCAGCAGCCUCCGUUGCAACGUGCCAGCCCCACACCCUCACACUCCUACCAGCCCGUGGCCCUGGCCGAGAUACGACCCGACACCCUCAUCCAGUGCCAGCAAAUCGUCAAGGUCAUCGUUUUGGACAAAGGCGGUCACGGACGCAUGGAGGCGUUCCUCAGCCAGAGCCCCACUCAUCACCAGCUCAUCCAGUCUGUCGUCUCCACACCAGUGCGCUCACCCGACGGAGGAGGCAACCAGGGGGGCAACAACGACGGUUCACAACCGCCUUUGCCUCCACCUCCACCACCGUAUAACCACCCCCACCAGUAUAUACCCCCAGAUCCUCGCCUUGCACUGCAGAGGACCCCAAGCGGCUCUCGUAGCCUGAUGUAGAGUCCAAACCGAUAACUAUAAAACACUCCAGGCGCACUUUUGACAGUAUUUAUCUACAUAUGUAUAUACAUGAAAGAAAUAUAAUGAAAAAAUGCUAUCUAUAUGCAUAUAUUUAAGGUAAGAGACAUUUAUUGACUUUGCAGAUACGUGAAACAACCAAUAAGAAAAUACGAUUUACCUAAUUGCUGUGUAUUUUGAAACGUUAUGUAGUUUUAACAAAUUUCUAUAACAGUUUUCGUCUUUCUGGACACUCUCUGAGGUUAUAUCGUUGAGUACUUGUUCUUGACAGGAUUUCUCUGGUGCAUUUUGUUAUAGGCAAAAUGAUUUCACAAAAAAAAAAAAAACGUGGCACCUGACAACAUCCGUUUCAAUUCCACCGACACUCGCUUUUGUGUGGGAGCUGGUUUUAUGUGUAAAAUCACUCUUUUUGGCUGUUGUUAUCCUACUGACGAGUCUGUUUAGUGUGUGUGUGUGUGCGCGUGCGUAUGCUUUUGACUGGAAAAUGAUAUCCGUGCCAAAAUGAGGACUCCCUCCACCGUGGACUUUUUGCACUGUUGAACGCUUAGGGCUAGAGCAAACAUUUAUGCUUAUAUCAACGAUCAUUUAGAUUCCCUCUACACAGACAUUUAAAAAAAAAAAAACCUUUUAAGCUGUACCAUUAGCCACAAACUGUUUCUUCCCCCACCUCUUACGUGGCCGAUGUUGUAUUCCUGUGAAAUGUGAAUUACUUCCUAAUUAUCAUCUGUCUUUGAAAAUGUCUUUUAUGUCACUCCUUUUAGUGGAUAUAUGUGCGUAAAUUAAGAAUGUAAAAGUAUUGAGGCUCUUUCACAUGACUCAGAGUUGGUGCACGGGUCAAAUGUUACAACGGGACUCAAAAUUAAGAUGAUUUCAAUUUUGACCUCAUUUGCUGCUGAUCUUAUUUCAAAAUAACCAGCAAUUACCGGACAAUUCGCGUGAUUUAUCUCCAUGCGAGCAGUGUGGAUGCAAAAAAAAAUAAAAGAAGAGAGAUGAGAAACAUUGUAAAAAUAGUAAUCAAAAGGCAUACCUUUACAUUGUGUGUAGGGGGUAUUUAUUUGCAUGUGCUGUCUUUAUGUCUUUAUUGUUUUAGUACGUUGGCACCGAUAUUGCCAAAAAAUAGUAUCGAACGUUUUUAUGCCACAAUCCCAGCUUACUUACACAAUAUGGGGUACUUUACAGUACAUCAUUGCUUUUCCACUGCGAUUCGGUGGACUCAAUUUAAUCCAUUUGGCUGACAAGUUAUGACACUCUUCCCCAUGUUUCAAUCAUAAUUUUGGCUAAAUUACAGCUUCCUUGAUCUCUUAAAAUAUACAAUUGACGUGAUGGAAAUAAUUACAUUCAUUUAGAUGCACAUGGCACUAAACCAGCUAAUAUAGUCAACAUUUAAUCUGGAUUUUGGGUCUUGAUUAAUGAUAUGCUGGUCAUUGUGCUGACCGAGUAGUGAAAUUGCUGAAAUACCACCGAUCUUUUCAUUAUGUAGCGGUAUAAACAGUGGGACUUUUAUCCUGUUUAAAGUUCACUUCCACUGGCUUUCAUUAAUUCACUAUUUACUACCUAGAAACUUCGGAAAAAUUGCUUUUGCCUUUGAAGGUCAAAGUUCGUAAAGGGUUGCGUUAGAGGCCUGACAUGAGUCAUGUGAAUGGACCUUUAAUAUCUGGCAACGUAUCAUGGCUCAGUGACGGAAAAAAGAGCCAGUCACAGCCAGCGAAUGGCUAUUGUUCUCACGCUCAGGAAUUUCAGAGAGCACCUGAAGGAAGACUGAGAUCUUUUAACGCUUGUACUUGAACUUCAUGUAGCAACUUGGAACGUAUAAGGCCCUUGUGAAAAGGCCAUUUAAUCCCAGCAACCAUCUUUGGACGCAAUCUGUGUUUGUCUGACAUUCUGUGAAAAGAUGACAGAAUGUUUCAUUACUGUCAUCACAUGACAAUAUAACAUGAUAACGUAGUGUUAUUCCUUCAUCAGUACUCACAACUAUAUAAAACGUCCAAGAGACACCCUUCAGCACCAUCAAACUAUCUCUCCUAAAACUCUUGUCUGAAGCUUUUCGAGAGCCAAGUGACACUUGAAACAUCAACUGAGAUGCACAUCGUUGGCACAAAACACUUUAAUCUGAAUGUUUGUCUGGUCUGAUUUUAUCAGCUGAAUGGAAAACCGAUCAAUUGUUUAUUUUCGUUUUGCUUGUAUGUAGCUAUCAUAUAUCAGCAUAUAAAGCAGCAAUGAUUUAGCUCUGAAAAAUGCUAACUUCCCACAAUCCAACCGUUUUGAAUAAUAAUUGUCAUGAACAUAAUUAAAGUCAACAUGAAACAUAAUUCACCACCCGUUUUACAUUCGCGGCAUAAUGUGUUGAGCAUGUGUCAUGAAUGAACGGUCUGAGGCGUGCGGAUCCAUGUGCAGGCUUUUAUUAAACGAAGGCAUGGUCAUAGCAGGCAGGCGUCGAACAGGGCUAACAGAUAUAUAGGAGGCGAGGCAAUAACAAAAUCCAGAGA